AUGUCCCACCCCCUCCCAGCCAAGCUCGAGGGCAAGCUUCCUCAACCUCUCCCGCUCAGCAACAUGGUCGUGCGCGCUAACUACUGCCAUAUCGACAACCUCUCCGGCCUCCUCCGGUCCCACUGGGAGAGGUUUGAAUGGUUUGAUGCGUCACGCACUUGGGUUACAUCUGCGCGCGCGUACAGCCAGUACGGCCUCUGCGCUUGCGUUCUCAAGAAUGGCUUUGACCCGACCGAUCGCGAAGCCCCGGCGCGAUGGAUGUACCAUGAGCUCGAAUCCUGUGGUCAGAUUGAAGCUGUUUUUCUGGGCGACAUCGGCGCUUAA